AUGGCAGGGAGCCCGGAGGUGGUGAAGAAAGUCUUACGCUGCAAACUCCAACUAGCAGACACGGCACAGUCUGCCACGGUUCUCAAACUCUUGCAGAAGCUCAACAAUCUAGACAUCACUGUAGAUGUUCUUGCUGAAACUGGAAUUGGCAAAACUGUGAAUUCCUUUCGCAAGCACAAAGAAGCUGGAGAGUUGGCCAAGUCGCUGGUCAAAGGUUGGAAGAAAUUAAUCCCCAAGAAGUCAACAAGUCAUACAGAAGAUCGAAACACGUCGGACAGUUUGUUUGUCAAAGAACAAAUCAUCAGUGACCAAAAUAGCCCAAAUAAUGGAGGCCAGACAGUGGAGGAAUUAAAUAAUAAUUGCUUAACAUCAAAGGGCAAGAGUGUUGAACAUUUGACUGAAAAAUAUCAUACUGAGGAAAUUAAUGAAAAUCCCAAAAGAAAAAAGGACAUGUGGGAAACGAGUGAUGAGGAUGACCCAAAGAAGUUUGGAAAUGGAAUCUUGAGUUUGAAAAAUGCUAUUCCUGAGGACAAAUGUCAUCGUUCUGUUUCCCAGGACACGAUAAAUGGACUUUAUAAAUUCCAGUUUGAGUGCAAGGUGCAACUUCAAGAUAAAAGUAGCUUAGGCUGCGGAGGCUCUUAUUUGGAAAGAAAAAAAGAAAAGUCAAAAAAGAAGUCAAAGCCAUCGAAGGAACCCCCACAAGACUGUAACGAAACCUUCUUGUCCUGUGACAAACACUCAGAAAAGGCCCCUAACUUGAAUGAUGCACAACAGGAUGGAUCAUCGGGAUUAUCAAGUAGUUCGGACAACCGAAAAAGGAAGAAACGGGAGAAAGAAAGUAAGGAGUUUGAACAUGAUGAGCUGUCAAAACCCUCAAACAAAAAGUCAAAAAUGCAACAAGAAAACGGUGAGAGUGAAAUGGAGGAGCCAUCCAUGUCUUUUGAAUCGUACUUGAACUACGACGAAAAUUCCUUGAAGAAGGAUCGAUCCAGAGGAAAGAAAAUAUCCAAAAGGAGCAAGACUGUCAUAAAGGAGCAGCCUUUCGUAAAACCUGCAGAGUCUCCGAGGAUGCCCGUUUCUCCAAAAAAGAUGAUGAUGAAAUCUCCAAAAGACCUGCUUCACAUUCCUUUACCUGCCCUUAUACAUGAAUGUGACCUAGCAUCCAGUUUUGAAUACCUCGAGAGGAAAGUUGAGAAAGAGCCUGAUUUUGGGGACCUAUCUGAGGACUGCACAGUCUUCACAGGCCAGCGGCUAAACAAAAAAAUGGCAGUCUACUCUGGGUCCAAGACAGUUUUCCUUCCUGCUAUGAUGAGCUUGUACCAGCAGUGUAUCCGCACGCUGCAAAACAAUAUUAACUUGCUUUAUGAAACUGGCGGAGUCCCGUUUGAAAUCCUUGAGCCAGUGUUGGAGAGGUGUACGCCAGAGCAGCUGCUGCGUGUUGAGGAAUGCAAUCCGGUGUACAUCGGAGUGACAGACCACCUGUGGGGGAAUCACUGCCAGAGAGACUUCAAGGAUGCCAAACUUCAGCAGUACGAGUCGUGGAAGGAAAUGUACAUCAGACUCUCCGAGGAGAGGGAAAAAAAAUUCCAGACGCUGGCCAAAAAAAUACUCUCUGACCAUUGCAAGAAACCCAAAGGCCGACAAGUGAAGAUGGCAUUUAUUCACACUGUUGCUAAGCCACCGAGAGAUGUGCGUAUCCAACAAGAAAUCCAUGGCACUGCGGUUCAGCAGCCUCAGCAGCCCAGGAUCAGCGUGAAGUCCCAAGAGAGCAGAUCAAGGCCGAGCAAUGAGCCCGCAAAGGCCAGCAGCACCACCUCAGGGCCAAGCAGCACCCAAGACGUUCGCAAAAAAACAAGGGUGGCGCCAAUGAUGGCAAAGUCCUUAAAGGCGUUCAAGAAGCAGCAGGGACGGCGAUAAAUAAAUGCACUUGAAUGAUAUUGCAC